AUGUCCCUGCCGUCCCAGCACCCCCCGCUCCUCCUCACAAAGCGCCUCACGAGCUUCCUGCACGCCAACCAGACCUCCCAACUGCCAACCCUCCUCGUCGCCACCCAGACGGGCAAGCUCCUCGCCCACGCGAGCCCGAACCCCGUCUCCCUCCUCCGCACGCACGCCACCGUGGCGGCGUCGCUGUUCGCAAUCCACACCUCCUCGGCCCCUGCUCUGUCCGCCGCCCUGCCCGGCGGAGCGCACACGCCCGAGGGGAUCCCCAGCUCUCCCCUGCGCGGGGACGACUACGACGACGACGACGAAGACGCAGACACAUACGACGAAGAGGAGGAGGAGGAGGAGGAGGAGCACCGCGGCAGGCCAAGACCCCCGCCAGUGGCGCCGGACCCGUUGAAGCCGGCCACCAUCACCGUCCAGCUCAGCGGAGGCACCGUGCUCAUCCGCCGCCUCAAGUGCGGCCUGCUCUUCGUGUGCGUCGGGCCCCCCUCGGCCGACCACGGGGACCACCACCACCCGGUGCAGCACCUCGACGGCGGCGAGCUCGUCACCGCCGCCGCCGCCCUCGCCGUGUCCACGAGCCCCAGCGAGGUGGCCAGCCAGAUCAGCGUGGGCGGCCAGUCCACCUCGAGCCACGAGAGCGUCGGCGCCGCCAUGGUCGUGGCGAUGAGGAGGCAGGCCUCCGACCUGGCCAGGUGGCUCGACGACAAGCUCGGGACACUGGCUGUCCCGGAAGAGGGCGUCGGCGCAGACUGA